UGAUUCCCAUCUAGCUGUGCCUCUUGCUAUUGGGUUUGGGUUUGGGCUGGAUUAUUACUUGCUGUGACAAUGAGUUCUGGAGUCAAGCAGGCAUUUACUGUCUCCAGUUCAGCAAAGAGCAGUGGUGGUAGCUGUAUCAGUGGUGGGGGAGGUGGUGGACCAAGGAUGUCAAUGAUGUUUGGAAGAUGCGUCUCUGGUGGGAUAGGCAGCAGUAAAGGGUUUUCUUCCAGGAGUUACAGUGGUGGAGCAUGUUAUGGAGGAGGGAUGAGCAGCGGUAGUUUUGCUGGUGGGAACUAUGGUGGGAGCAUAGGAGGAGCUGGGAGCAUAGGAGGAGGCCACCACAUAGGAGGUGGUGGCAACAUCUGCCAUGGUGGUGGCAUAGGUGGUGGUAUUGGUGGUGGCAUUGUUGGUGGGAGCAUACCUGAUUGUGGCUUUGAUGGAGGCAUAGUUUUUGGUGGAGGUUUUGGGGGUGAUGGCCUACUUUUCUGCUGUGAUGAAAAGAUAACCAUGCAGAACCUUAAUGACCGCCUGGCAUCCUACCUGGACAAGGUGCGAUGCCUGGAGGAAGAGAAUGCUGAACUGGAGUGCAGGAUCCGGGAGUGGUAUGCAAAGCAUGGCCACCACGGUGAGCCAAGGGACUAUAGCUGCUACCUUAAGGAAAUAGAAGAUCUUCAAAACCAGAUUGUUUGUGCUACCGUAGAAAACAACAAGAUUGUCCUGAACAUUGAUAACAGCAGGAUGGCGGCUGAUGACUUCCGAGUGAAGUAUGAGACUGAGCUGGCCCUUUGCCAGAGUGUGGAGGCUGAUAUUAAUGGUUUACGCCAAGUCCUGGAUCAGCUGACUCUCUGCAGAUCUGACCUGGAGGCACAGCUUGAAGCCCUGAGGGAGGAGCUGUGCUGUCUGAAGAAGAACCAUGAGGAGGAGAUGAAUUGUCUGAGGAACCAAUCGACUGGAGAUGUCAGUGUGGAGGUCAAUACCUGUCCUGGUCCAGAUCUGAAGCAAAUCUUGGAUGAAAUGAGAUGCCAGUAUGAAGCUAUCAUUGCGCAGAACCGCAAAGAGGUUGAGGACUGGUAUUCAUGUAAGAUUGAGGAGGUGAAUCGGGAGGUCAUCUCAAGCAGUCAGGAAAUAGAGUGUAGCAACAGCCAGGUCGCUGAACUGAGACGUCAAUUACAGGCCUUGGAGAUUGAUUUGCAGGCCCAAGUUAGGAUGAGGGACAAUCUGCAGUCCUCUCUGGCUGAAACCGAAUCUCGCUACAACAGCCAGCUUGCCGAGUUACAGAACCAGAUCAUCUGUGUGGAGCAGCAGUUGGCUGAGCUGCGGGCAGAAAUCGAGUGCCAGAACCAAGAGUACAAGGCCCUCCUGGAUGUCAAAUGCCGGCUGGAGCAGGAGAUUCAGACUUAUUGCUGCCUAUUGGAAGGAGGACACCGGGAGUUUAGCUCGAAAGGAGGGAUUUCAUCAGCAGGGAUUUCAUCAGCAGGGAUUUCAUCAGGAAUCGGCCACUCUUCUGGUAUAGGAGGAGGAGGAAUCUGUAAAUCCUCAGGUGGAAUAAUUGGAGGAGGAGGAAUUGUGAAAACUAUCCACACCCACUCUUCCUCUUCCCAUUGCCUGCCCCCGCCUUGCCCACCUGGUGAUAUAAAAGUGCCCUGCAGAAGGCUGCAUGACUAAACCGAGAAACAAACCUUUUCUAAGAUAAGACCUACAGAGCAGAUCUGCAAACCGAGCAAGAACCUACCCACAACCUGCACUCCAUGCCCAAGCCAAGAGCAAUGAGAAAAAACUCCUUCCAACCACUCAGCAAUGCUGAUGCCAUCUGCCCACAGGGGGGCUGUCAGAGCUGUGGGUCACCCUCCCCCCUAUUGUGCUACAUGCUUUUUCUAUUCUGUCCUGCUCUGUGUGCCCAAUCACAACUUACUUGAGUUAAUUUGUGCUGAGGCUGGCCAUUUACUUUCUGGUGAAAAAGUACCGCUAAUAAAACUUUGCUUCUGCCUGAUGCAAUCAAGAAA